AUGACUCCCAUCGUCCCCGUGACGGUUCUGACUGGCUUCCUGGGAUCGGGCAAGACCACGCUGCUGAAUCACAUUCUGAAUGACUCGAAGCACGGCAUGAGAUUCGCUGUGAUAGAGAACGAGUUCGGUGAGGUAGGCAUCGACGAGAAGGUGCUGAGCGAGAACGUGGACGAGGAGAUAGUCGAAGUCAUGAACGGAUGCAUUUGCUGCACGGUUCGCGGGGACCUGGUGGAGGCUCUGAAGAAGUUGUACAAACGAGUGGAGCAGUUCAACGGUAUCAUCAUCGAGACGACAGGUCUGGCUGACCCAGCGCCUGUUGUCCAGACGUUUUUCAUCGAUGAAGACAUUCAGAAGAAGUAUAGGCUGGACAGCGUGAUCACGGUGGUCGAUGCAAAGCAUAUUCUUUCUCGCCUCAAAGAAAAGAAACCAGAGGGGGUGGAGAACGAGUCUGUAGAGCAAGUGGUGUUUGCCGACAAGAUCCUGCUCAACAAAGUGGACCUGGUGGAUGGCAACACCUUGAAGAAGAUUGAGACUGAGCUCCGAGCUUUGAACCCAACGGCUCCCAUCCUUCAAACGCAACAGAGUCAGGUCAAUGUCAAGGAGGUUCUCAACGUGAACGCGUUUGACCUGAAACGUGUUCUUGAGUUUGACCCGGGCUUCUUGGAUGGCGACCAGGAGCAUCAGCAUGAUCUCUCCAUCGCUUCAGUGGGAGUGAAGACGUGCGACGAGGUCAACAUGGAGUUGCUUCAGCGAUGGAUUCAACGUCUCAUCACUGACGAAGGGGCCAACCUGUACCGUUACAAGGGAGUGAUAGCAGUCAAGGGCAUCGAAGAGAAGUUUGUGUUCCAGGGCGUCGGGAUGCUCUUCUCCGGGGGUUUCCAUGGACGCUGGCGAGCACGCGAGGUUCGGGAGAGCCGAUUCAUCUUCAUUGGAAGGAACCUUGACAAACAAUCGCUGAUAGCUGGCUUCGAAGCCUGCGCUGCUAACAGAAAGCUUCGGUUCGCUGUCGGCGACACGGUGCUUGCCAACGUUGGUCGAUGGAAGGAGGGCGUCAUCUUGGCCCAAUGGGACUUGGGGAACGCCUAUCGGAUCGAGCUCAAUGACAGACAAAAGAGCAACGUGUGGGCCCCGAUCGAUGCAGAUCAAUAUGUUCGAGCUGUCGAAGUUUGA